UGUCUCGUAAAAAAAAAAAAAAAGAAAGAAAGAAAGAAAAAAUUAAUAUAGGGUUUGGUUAGUACAUGGUUUCAGGCUUCCACUGGAGGUCUUUGAAGGCAUAAGCUGAAGUUUAAGACUAUGCUGUAUAGAGAUUUGGUUUCCUCCUUAAGGGCCAUGAGAGUAGUAGCAAAUACCGUGACUUUGGUCACCAUUGGUACAGUCGAUGUACAACACACAUUACAUAAGGCAUUCUUCAGCAAUUCUAAUCAUGUUUGCCACUCUCUCAGGGUCAAUGUCUCAGUAAUCCUGAUAAUCAACCCAGCCUGGAAAAAGACCAAAAUUCAAGGUUUGAAGUUCAGUUUCUAACCCAGCCACAUAUCGCUUUCUCAUCAUAAGGCUGGAAAAUUGUUAAGUAGAACACUCGUCAGUGAGGGGCCAUUGGUACUGUGAAACCCAGACAGGACCCUGGGGAACCACCAGCUUGCAGCCUCACCUUUGUGGCAAACAGACAUGUCUGCCACCUUUUAUUUUUUGAGACAGGGUUUCUCUUUGGAGCCUGUCCUGGAACUAGCUGAUCUCUACCUCCCUAGUGCUGGGGUUAAAGGCAUGCGUCACUGCCUGGCCCCUGCCACCCACUCUUAGGAGGCCAUCUGGGGGUGGAGAGCAUCAGUGAGUAAGCAGCUGCUCUCUGCCGUGGUGAAAGGAACUGCUGUCAUCAUUUAGAGCCGCCUUCUGUUUCAUGAGCAGAGGAGCUGAAGAACAGAGAAAGCAGGGGCUUGUCUCAGGUCACACACCACUGCUUCCUGAACCAGGUCUGGACUCUUGAGUCUGCCCACUUUGAGUCCAUUUCAGUCUGCACUCUAUGCCUGAGUGCCAAACUUGCCCCAACCAAGAAUAAAAGAAAUCUUCCACAAGUUGAAAAGAUGCCGUUUCUGACCAGAGUCCAGGAUCCUCUGAUGCUUGUUUAGCCUGCUUUCCCAUUGGCUCCUGGGACCCACCCCUUUGGGUUCCUCCCCCUGCCUCAUAGCUCUCUGAGAGAAGACUUUCCUUGGUGGGCAACAGCACCAUGACUGACAAGCCUGUCCUCUAUUCCUAUUUCCGAAGCUCCUGUUCAUGGAGAGUUCGAAUAGCUCUGGCACUGAAAAGCAUUGACCAUGAGAUAGUGCCCAUCAAUCUCGUAAAGGACGGGGGGCAACAGUUCUCGGAGGAAUUUCAGACCCUGAAUCCCAUGAAGCAAGUGCCAAUCCUGAAGAUCGACGGAAUCACCAUUGGCCAGUCACUGGCCAUCGUGGAGUACCUGGAAGAGACCCGGCCCACCCCACGUCUCCUGCCUCAGGACCCAAAGAAAAAAGCCAUUGUGCGCAUGAUUUCUGACCUCAUCGCUAGUGGCAUCCAGCCCGUUCAGAACCUGUCUGUCCUGAAGCAAGUGGGACAGGAGAACCAGACGCCUUGGGCGCAGAGGGCUAUCACUUCUGGCUUUAAUGCUCUGGAGAAGAUUCUACAGAGCACAGCAGGCAAGUACUGUGUAGGAGAUGAGGUGUCCAUGGCUGACGUGUGCUUAGUGCCCCAAGUGGCAAACGCUGAAAGGUUCAAGGUGGACCUCAGCCACUACCCUACCAUCAGUCGCAUCAACAAAGCCCUGCUGGCCUUAGAGGCUUUCCAAGUGUCCCACCCCUGUCGACAGCCAGAUACACCUGCUGAGCUGAGGGCAUAGCUCUCAAACCAUGCCCCAGUGGUACAGGGAAGGUAAUAGGGCUCAGAUGCUGGGUAAACUGAACAGACUCAGAAAUGAAUGAGUUGUAGCAGAGGAUUUGAACUUGACCUCUUCCCUCAGGAAGUAGCAGAAACUGUGGGGAGUUCAUGACAUUUCUUUGAGGCCCCCAGUAUUAAUUUUCUCUAGAGAAAUGAAGUUAGUAGGAUAUAUCUCGCCUUCAACUUCAUCCUGCCUUAAUCCUCUCAUCUACCAUACAUUAGGAUUGGGUGUGGGCACACACAUGACCUGCUAUAAUGGCUAAUGCUAUCAACUUGAAAAAAACCUAGUCUCCUAGAAGGACCUUUAAGAAUGUCUGUGGGGAUUAUAUUGGUAAUGUUGAGGUGGGAAGACUGUCAUGGAUGGUAGUGGAUCCCCUAGUUGGAGGACCCCCUAGGAUGGCAGAGGAUCCCCCAGGAUGGUGAGGAUACCCUGGGAUUCCUUAGGAUGAAGAGAAUCCCAGAGCCUGUAAGAGGAGAGAAAGAGCUGAGCACUAUUGUGGAUGUAUCCGUUGCUGUCUUCUGUCUAUGGAUGCAGUGUGAUCAGCCACUCCCACUGAUGCUGUGACUUCCCCCGCCAUUGUGGACGUAACCUGGAGCUAUGAGUGAAAAUAAACCUUUUUUUCCUUUA